CCAUCCGUCCGUGCGUGCAUCCGCGAUUGUCUAGCCCCAGUUGGAAAAGCCGCGGCAUCCGACCUUCACUCUUCGCACAGGAGAGACCAGUAGGGCACCGAGGCGGCUGUGUUGCUCUGGUGCAGUCCGCCUGUACACCACGCAAACUGCAUUCCCUAAUGCUACCUCUAUUAUUAGAAAAUACUUUAAAUGGGUGGCAUAUGUAGCGAUGAGCCAAUCCGGUCACAAAGUACAGGCCCACCUUGAUGAGUAGUCUAACAGUUGAAUGCACUGUCUAUACUGGAGAGCAACCUUAUAUUCACACGCUGACUUCCAAGGCUCGUAUACCCCUGACCAUGAGCAUGGUAGAGAUUCAAUAGUCAUCAAUCUCACAUUACUCACGCAUGGCCUCUUUUGCGCACUAUUGUCCUUGUCGUAUUUUCCCAGAACGUCGCCCGAAUUUACCGGAACGUAGCUGCAUGCUUACAAGAUCACUGCCCCCUUCACAUUCUCGUUACCAGAUACGUGGUUAUUCGCUCUUUCGGCCUCGUUCAUACUUACCGGUCUAGGAAACUGGGCAUGACGCGUUACCUGUCCUCUUCUCAUCAAGCGGGAAAGGAAAACACAUGCCACCUCGUACUGAAGGACGAGCCUGACCAACGCGAACCAUCAUCAAUUCUCGCAAAUACCAAUCGCGAAAUAGGAACCGGGAAUCUGCUCACUAAUCAAGAGUUACGUCGCCCGAAAUAAUUGAUAGCUGGCUAGUUACGGAUUUGAAAUACUGCACUCCGGUGUGAAGAAGAUCCAGUCAUGGCAUGUAAAGUACCAUGCAAAUCAUCACGAGCACGGCUUUUUCCUCGAGUACCGCCGUGAGGCUUGUCUCCCGCGGGGGUCUGCUGCGGGAACCCCUACUUGCCUUAGUAACAUUUGGGGGCAAAUAGAUCCCGUCUUAUUACUGUUUGAUUACACUAUACUGAAUUCUCAACCACAAACUCGCUGCCGCAUUCUAUUCCACCUCUGAACAAUUUAUCUCGCAUAUAUAACGACGCCGCUGUGUGGAUAGGCCCGAGACUGAUGUUCGCAGGCGAGUAUCAACACCAUUCAACCCAGUUUCAACCUAGUUACCCUCUCAAAGGGAACAUUCAGAAACACAAUGUUCAUCGCUCCACAUAACGAUAGGAGUUGGAUGGAGAAAGAAUGCAGAAGUAGUGCCAGAACAACAAUCAGGUCAACCCGGUAUUAUCCGCGUCUAUGUCAAACUUCUCCUGUAUUAUUUCCACACACACACACACACACACACACACAUACACACUCGCUCACACUCGCUCACGCAAGCUACCUGGAUAUAUGCUUCUGCCACAACUUGCCCACUGAACAACGUCGUAGGCCGGAGUAAUGUAAUGCUGUAUGAUGGACCAACUACAGUGGUUUUUCCGUGCCAGGAUAUAAGAGAGGAAACGCGCAUAGAG